UUAGUGUCUCGUCGAUGGUUCAUGUCAAGGAUGUAACGUAAAAGGGGAAAGCAAUGUCCGCCCACAGCUACGGGCUGGUGUUUGACGGUGUGGUUUGAAUAUAUCGUUCUGCAUGCUGAUCGUCAGAAGACGCAUCGUAUAUGGUCAGCCGUGUAACCGGUACAGCUUCAGCAACUGCUGGGUCAGCAAUUGCACGUUAUUCGUGUACACUCGCGCCUGGAGUACGCACUUCGUCUGACACGUAUUUCCUACAAAAGAGAAUCAAGCGCAGCGAGUAAUAAGAUUACCGCUGUGUGUUGGUGUUACGAAUAUGGCUAUAUUUAGCGUAUGACGACUAGCCGUUUGGGAGCACGAACUGUGCCGUCGCUUCUGAUAUACUCGCUCGCGUAUCGCUUGUGUUUACCGUCAGUCUAUGAUAUAACGGGAGAAAAGAAUGGAAGAUAUAUUUCAGUGGUGUCGCGAGGGCAAUGCCAUGCAGGUCCGCGUCUGGCUGGAUGAUACGGAGCAUGACAUGAAUCAAGGUGAUGACCAUGGGUUUAGUCCACUUCACUGGUGUUCUAAGGAAGGUCACUUAAAAUUGGCUGAGUUGCUUGUCAGUAGAGGGGCACGUAUUAAUGCUACCAACAGAGGCGACGAUACACCUUUACAUCUUGCUUCGGCGCACGGUCACAAAGAGAUAGUACAGUUGUUACUUAGAAACCGUGCCGAUGUAAAUGUUACAAAUGAACAUGGAAAUACUGCCUUGCACUAUGCCUGUUUCUGGGGAGACCAAGCAGUUGCGGAAGAAUUAGUUGCCGCUGGUGCUCUUGUGUCCAUUGCUAACAAGGAUGGAGAUACUCCCCUUGAUAAAGCCAGAGGUGUUGUGGCUAAAAGACUGCAUGACUUGGCAGUGGAGUAUGGGCAAGACUUGAAGAAAAUUCAGUUUAAAGACCAGAGCUGGCUAGGUUUGAAGACAAGGAGCCGAGAUGCAACUCUAUCAAGGCACAAAGGAAUCAGCAUGGCGGAUCUAUCGCUCCAUACGCAUCUUGCAAGUACACCGAGUGGUGAAACUUGGAGAGGACGAUGGCAGAACAAUGAUAUCGUGGCUAAAAUCCUGAACAUUCGCGAGUGCACCGCGCGUAUUUCCCGGGACUUCAAUGAGGAAUUUCCGAAGCUGAGGAUCUUCUCGCACCCUAAUGUUUUGCCGGUUCUCGGCUGCGUGAAUCAGCCACCGCAACUGGCGACCGUUUCGCAAUACAUGGCGCGAGGUAGUUUGCAUCGGCUUCUUCACGGUGGAACCGGCGUUGUGGUGGACACGGCUCGUGCUCUUCGGCUAGCUCUCGAUGUUGCCAGAGCUAUGGCGUUUCUUCACGGUUUGGAUCGACAGAACAGGUGCAGAUUUCACCUGAACAGUAAGCAUAUAAUGAUUGACGAGGACUUAACGGCUCGCGUGAACAUGGCGGAUGCGAAGUUCUCAUUCCAAGAAGUCGGACGAAUUUACGAGCCAGCGUGGAUGUCGCCAGAAGCGCUGAGCAAGCGUCCAGCGGACAUCAAUCUCGAGGCUAGCGAUAUGUGGAGCUUCGCUGUUCUGUUGUGGGAGUUGGCGACCAGAGAGGUACCAUUUGCGGAUCUGUCACCUAUGGAGUGUGGAAUGAAGAUUGCGUUGGAAGAUUUACGCGUGAACAUUCCACCAGGGAUUUCUCCACAUCUCGCCAAACUCAUCCGGAUUUGCAUGAAUGAAGAUCCGGGUAAGCGACCGUCCUUUGAUAUGGUCGUGCCGAUUCUCGACAAGAUGAAGCGCUGAGAUAUACACGACGAGUGGAGAGUACAUGAAAGAUAAUGGGAGGACCAUGUGAACUAUGUGUCCGGAGGGAUUCCGUCUAAGCAUCUUAACGAAAAACUGCCUCGAAAAAUUGUUAUUAACAAUGAUGAAUGAUAUUUUUGUAUCGUUGUGUUUUACAAAUAGGAAAAUACUGCCUUUAGAAGCCUUACAUGAAGUAGACUUCAAGAUACACUAAUCUUUUGCUACUUAUAUACACAUGUAUAUGUAUAUAAAACAUGAAUUUAUAUUAAUGUUCUGUGGAAACAUGACUAUAUAUAUGUACGCUAUUGAGUUUCUAAAUAUAUAACACAAACAUAAUUUACACAUUUCGCUAGCAUUUGAAGUAAAAAAAAAAAAAAAGAAAAAACCAGAAUAGCAAUAAAUUUACAUCAGA